AUGGCGUUAUUCACUCGCUCUGCACGAAAUGUUCUCUUCGAAUCGAGGUCGAUAAUACAGCCGGCAGUCUUCCGCGCACGAAUAACAACCGUAUCGCAUAACCUCGACACAUCAAAUACUCCCGAACCGCUCAUCCAGUCUGGACACCGCAUAUCAGAAGAAGCCAAAGAGCGCGCUCAAACACCACAGCCUCUACCUAAAAAGGCACCAAAGCCCGCUUCCGACAAAGUCUCGCCACACGCCCGCUCAGAGAUCCUCGCAAAGACCCUCACACCAUCCAUCCGAACCCUUCUCCCACUCCUCCAAACCCAGCCAGCACACUACAUAACCGCACAUCUACAUGGCCGACCCUACCUCCUCACCCGCGGCGAUACGCUCCGCCUUCCCUUCCACAUGCCAAACAUCCGCCCUGGAGACGUAUUGCGCUUAAACCGGGCCACACACAUUGGAUCUCGGGACUACACGCUCAAAGCCCCAGAGCCGAUAAAGGGAAAUGCUGAUCACGGGAAGAAAUUGUUUUACUUGGAUGAGCGAUUAUAUACAUGUCGGGCACGAGUCGUGGGUAUAGAGAGUGAACCAUUGCGGGUCGAGGAGAAGACGAAGAGGAGACAAAGACAUACCAAGCAUGUUAAGAGCAAGCUGCGCUUUACCGUCUUGAAGAUCACAGAUCUGGAUGUGAAGAGCUUGGAGGAGUAUGAGGCAGCGUUGGAGCCAAAGGAGGUAGAGGGUGUGCAAUAG